AUGAAUCCAAGGGAUGAUUUGACGCCUACCUCUUCACAAGAAGAGAAUCUGGGGCUUUUAGACGACAAAAUUAGCACGGAUUCUGACAGUGAGGGCGGCAGCGUCACCGACGCCCAGUCUUGGUUCGGAGUCAGAGUUCAAUACCCAGAUUAUUCCAAACAUCUAUGGACUGUUGCGGAUCGCUGGAGUCACCUACGUUCAGCACCAUGGCGAGUGCUCUCGAUUCGAGCCGUUGUGUUUCUAAUGCCGAGUUUCCUGCAGGGAAGGCAUGCCCGCGAGCAAUUAUGCCCCCCGAAGCUCGCUCCUACGGCCUACCUAGACGGCAUGAGAGGUCUGGCUGCUCUCUUUGUGUUUUUCUGCCAUUACUCCUAUCAGGCCUUUACAAUUGCGAAAAGCUGGGGCACAGGGACUGACAACUACCACUUCUUGAAGCUCCCCUUCCUCAGACUAUGGUAUCAAGGACCCGUAGCCGUUUGCGUGUUCUUCGUCGUCUCAGGAUACGCAUUAUCCUAUCGACCAAUUAAAUUGAUCCGAAGCGGCGCCCUUUCUGAUUUUGCUACCACCAUGAGCUCCCUGACCUUCCGCCGAGCCCUUCGCUUGUAUCUACCAACUGCCGUUUCCACAUUCAUGAUCAUAUGUCUGCUGAGAAUCGGUGCCUACGAAUGGACACGACAAUUCGCUAGUGACCGAAUGUAUAUGAAGAACAUUGUCGAGCCUCAUCCAGUUCGAAUGGAGUCGCAGUACGCCCAAUUCAGAGAUUGGGCCCUUCACAUGUACAAUUUUGUUCACGUAUUUGGUUGGGACGAACACGGCGGCAGCACAUCAUAUGAUGUGCAUCUAUGGACUAUUCCUCUCGAAUUCCGAUGCUCUCUAUACUUGUUUCUUGUCAUUAUUGGCACCGCACGCCUGAGGACUAGUAUUCGAUUUUUGACUGUCGGGGGAAUUAUAUGGUUCAGCUAUCGGCAUUCAAGAUGGGAGCUGUGUUUGUUCCUGUGUGGCAUGCUUCUUGCGGAGACGGACCAUAUUCGUGGUGCUCACAUUCCUCUACCUGCUUUGCCCCAGAGCGAAAAGCAGCCUAGAAUGUCUCGCGGAUGGGCCAAGAGUUUAUUUUGGACUUCUGUCAGUGUCCUAGGCCUAUAUUUGAUGUCGCAACCAGAUGAUGGAGGUGAGGUGGCCCCAGGUUGGGUCUAUUUGACCUCGCUCAUUCCUGGGUGGUGGAAAGUAGAAAAAUUCCGAUACUGGCAAUCUGCAGGCGCAGUUUUGUUUGUCCUGGCUGUGGGUCACUCUCGAGCAUGGCAGAGAUUCUUUAAUUCUCCUGUUGUGCAAUACUUUGGCAAGAUUUCAUACGCCUUGUAUUUAAUGCACGGCCCCGCAAUGCACACGGUUGGCUAUCAUUGGGAGAAGAUGGCGUAUGGAAUUACCGGUGUUGAAGGAUAUUGGUACAACAUUGGCUUUUUUUUGGGCGCGGCCUUUACCAUCCCCACGGUCAUUUGGUGGGCUGAUGUCUUCUGGAGGGCGGUGGACAUUCCCACCGUCAAGUUUGCCAAAUGGUUCGAAAGCAAGUGUAUUACCAAAAAUUGA